UAAAAUAUCAGUAAAAUUGCGUUUUAUAUUUUAAGAUUUUAUGAGAGAGGAAUCUUUCAACAUGUAAAUCAGAGAAAACAAUCUAUACAUUCGACAAGAAGUCUUCGAAGUUAGUGAAAAAGAAAAUCAUCGAAAUAACCCCCCCGCCCAAAAUGAAAAUAGUUCUAAAGAAAUUGAACGAAGCGCAUUCACACCAAGAGAACAUUAAAGAGCUACUUCUAUAUUCAAACGCGACGCCUAUAAGGUGCCGGGGCGGAAUCGGGUAUAUGUGCUGUUUUUGCACCGACCAGUAUCCAGAGCCGUCAGAUUUAAAACAACACACCAAAGAGAAACACAGCAACGGAAUCAUUUCGCACUUCAUGAAAAAAUAUUCCAUGAAAGAUUACACAGUUAAAUUAGACACCACAUAUUUAUGUUGCAACAUUUGUAAUACUUCAAUUGAUGAUUUAGGAUUAUUAAUUGAGCAUUUAAUCACGCUACACGAUAUACCUUUACAUAAGAAGUUAAAGAAUCACAUAGUACCGUUCAAAUUUGAAGGUGAUAGUUUGCGAUGCGCGGUUUGCAGCCACGAAUUUCAUAGUUUCAAAGUGUUGUUAGAACAUAUGAAUGUUCAUUACAGGAAUUAUGUUUGUGAGAUCUGUGGCGCGGGAUUUAUAAAUAGAAGGAUGCUGCAAACGCAUGGCUAUAGACAUAGGACUGGGGUCUUCGUUUGUACGUACUGUUCUAAAGUUUUCAAUGCUAAGGUCAAGCAGAAAGACCACGAGAGGGCAGUCCACAUACAUUUGAAUAAAAGAAAUAAAUGUGGCUACUGUGGGGAGAAAUUUGGAGAUUACACGAUAAAGAACGAGCACGAGGUGAAGGUGCAUGGAGCGAGGCCAGUAGUACUAAAAUGUCAAGCGUGCACCAAGACGUUUGAUAACCAGAGAUCACUAACAGUCCAUACAAAGGCGUUCCACUUAAUGGAACGGAAACUGAUGAAGUGAAUCAUUGCAAUCAGAUAGAUUUUUUAAUUCAUCUAGAUUACUCCGUGCCUGCAUCUUAGAUGCUAGAUCUCACAAUGACAAUUAUGUAGGUAAUGUUUGCUAAAAAUCAUAAAACAAAUACAAAAAUAAUUAGUUGUACUAUAUAGGUUAUUAUGAGAAAAAAAAUGUAGAAUUAUUAAAUGUAUAAAUAUUUAUUUAUUUGUAACUCAACACGCAUAUAACCAAAGAAUACAAUAUAAACAUAAAAUCAAAAUACAUCUUUAUCUUUGCGUAUUUUUAAUUAAAAAUGUCUUUGAAGAAAAUCGUUUUAUUUUAAAGAACAUUACAAACAUAUAUAGAACGUUUAAACUCAACAAAGGUAC